GCAGCGCCCUUAUUGGUUGGCCAGCCACGGGCCCGGAACUGGACUCCCGUUUCCCCUCUUGCGAGCCUUCCUCAGAUCCAGCCGAGGUUCCCUGAGGCCCCCUUCGACGGACUACAACUCCCAUGAACCCCUAAGGUGGCGGGGAAUUCCCCCCCAUCCAUCUUCAAAACCUCACAGGAGAGGCAGGACAGGCCGAGACCCUUGGGCGAUUUUGGAUUUGUCCAUUCGGCAGGGGCCUUCGAGCAGCAUCGCUGAGCUCAUCCGGAGGAGGCGCGCUGUGGUCCCCGCAAUCUGGGGCCAAAGAAACUCUUGUGAGGCCCAGAACGAGGUCAGUAUUUAAUCAGGCUUGGUUCAGCUCUCCUGCGUCCAGGACCAAAGAUGGACAAAUUCAUCAUCCGAAAGCCUUCGAAGACCACCGCAGAAAAGCGCAAGAGGAAAGCGGAUGGUGCGCCGAAGGUGGAGGACGCUGACUCCCCCGAGGAGGGCCAGGGAACGCAGGAGAAGAAGCCACGGCCGGCUCCCGCGACUGAUGCUCCUUGGAAGCAAAUCCGGGCCGAGGGGCUAAACUGUGACUACAAGAUCCUCUUCGGCAAAGCCGAGGCCGACCGCCUCUUCCAGGAACUUGAAAAGGAGGUGGAAUAUUUUGACGGGCAACUGACCAAGCUCCACAUUUUUGGCAAGUGGCACAACAUCCCAAGGAAGCAGGUGACCUACGGGGACCCUGGGUUGACCUACACUUACUCGGGGGUCACCUUCUCGCCCAAGCCUUGGAUUCCGGUUUUGGACUGCAUCCGGGACCGCCUUCGGCUGGCCACUGGGCACACCUUCAAUUUCGUCCUGAUCAAUAGGUACAAGGACGGCCAGGACCACAUGGGGGAGCACCGAGAUGACGAGAAGGAGCUGGCCCCUCACAGCCCCAUCGCCUCUGUCUCCUUCGGAGCCCCCAGGGACUUCAUCUUCCGGCACGGGGCUUCCCGGGGCAGGAACCCCUCGCGCCACCUGGGGCCGGUGAAGCUACUGCUGGAGCACGGAAGUCUGCUGAUGAUGAACUUCCCGACCAACCGGGACUGGUACCACAGCCUGCCCACCCGCCGGAAGGUCCUGGCUCCCCGCAUCAACCUGACCUUCCGCAAAGUGCUGGCCCUCCAGGCCAGCCCGAGUGGGACGGACGCCCCUCGGUAACCCCAGAUGUCUUGGCGAAAGGGAGGGGGAGAGGCUGAGGCUUCCUAGGAGAACUGCCUCCUCCUCAGAGUCUGGACCUCUGUUCUCCACGCAGGCGGAAGACAAGAGGCGCAGCAUGUUUUGAGGUGGGCGGGGGGAGAAAGGGAGAUGGAAUUACCAGGAUCUGAUGUUCAGCCAGAAGCA